AUGAAUAGAACAGUAUACGACUACCAACGUGGCAAUUUCGAUGCUUUAAGAUCAUCACUCGAAUCUGAGAAUCUGUCCAACCUAAUAUCAGCGGAAGGCGAUAUUGACCACGACUGGCUGAUCUGGAAAAGUACUUUCCUUACAAUAGUUGCUGAUCAUAUCCCAACUAAAAGACUUCGAAGUCGAAAAUAUGUGCCUUGGCUUACUGGUGAAAUUUUGCACAACAUCAAAAAGAAAAAUUCCUUAAGACAAAGAUUGAAAAAAUCCCAGUGACUAUCUCCGCCACAAGUUUAAAACUUUCAGAGCCACAAUCAAGCUUAUGAUAAAAAUCAGCCGAUCUAACUACAUUUCCUCUCUCUGCACAAACAUCCAAACCAAUUCCAAACGUUUCUGGUCACUAUUUAAACUAAAAGGCGCAACACGUUCUGUCCCAGAAAAAAUUUCAAUAAAAACAAGUGUCAACAAUGUUCGUGAAUAUGCCGAGAAUCCUAGGGACAUCGCAACACUUUUCAACUGCUACUUUGUAUCAAUCUUCUCGAGUGAUCCUAUCAAUAUUGUUAAUCAACAAUCUAUAUCCGAAACCACUGACACUCUUUUUAAUGACAUUGUUUUGUCGCAAGGAACAGUGCGAUCAGUUUUAAGAAAUCUUGAUAACAACAAAGCGCAUGGCCCGGAUGAAAUCCCAGCAAGAUUACUUACCGAAACUGCAUACCAAAUCGCUCCAUCUCUAUGCCUUCUGUUUAACAAGUCCUUAAAAAGUGGAAUAGUACCUCGAGAAUGGAAACUUGCCAAUGUUGUACCCAUCCACAAAAAGGGGGAUAAAGAUCAUGCAGAAAACUAUCGGCCAAUUUCUCUUCUCUCACUUGUCUCCAAAGUCUUAGAGCGUUGCGUGUUCAUUAGUAUCAAAGAACAUGCUUUCAGUCAAAUAAAUUCUUGCCAACACGGCUUCAUUUCAGGAAAAUCAUGCGUGACACAACUAAUUGAAGUUUUAGAUACCAUCGGCAGCCAAUAA